AUGCUGUUGUUGGGUCACUGGAACGCUUGCCUGCAAUUCCUUGUCCCCAUGCUGAUGGACUUUCCUGUGCAAAGCUGGGUCUCUAAGUCUCAUCUGCAAGAAGCUCAUUGGUUUGAGCAAUACACAUGGGCUCUCUUCAAGGCACUUUCCCACAUGCUGUCCAUCGGUUACGGGCGCUAUCCCCCGAGCAGCUUACCGGAAGCGUGGAUCACCAUCGUCAGUAUGAUGACAGGAGCCACUUGCUAUGCGCUGUUCGUCGGUCAUGCGGCGGCUCUGAUCCAGUCAUUCGACGCUUCCAAACGGAAAUACCGUGAGAUGCUAAAGCAAGUGGAAGAAUACAUGGCAUAUAAAAAGUUCCCCAGAAGUCUGAGGCACCGAAUCACUGGCUACUAUGAACACCGAUACAAAGGGAAAAUGUUCAAUGAGAAGGAAAUCCUGGGUGAACUAUCCGAAUGUUUACGUGAAGCAAGUUUUCACACUUCUAGGUGCUUUCAAAUAAUCAAUUAUAACUGCCGGGCUCUGGUAGCCGCAGUGCCAAUAUUUGCCAACGCAGACCAAAACUUUGUAUCCGAAGUCGUUGUCCAACUGAAACAGGAAGUCUUUCAACCAGGCGACUUGAUCAUCAAAGAAGGCACAAUUGGUAACAAAAUGUACUUUAUUCAAGAAGGUGUGGUGAAUAUAAUUACGAAAUCUGGUGAAGUAGCCAAUCGGCUCUCCGACGGAUGCUAUUUCGGAGAGAUUUGUCUUCUUACGCACGCCAGACGAGUGGCAACCGUACAAGCUGAGACAUAUUGUACGUUGUAUUCCUUGAACCAGGACAAUUUCUACGAAGUGCUCAACAAUCAUCCAGAUAUGAGAGAGUCCAUGGAGAAGGUCGCUGCUGAACGAUUGCAAGACAUUGGUCGUCGAGCUUCGAUGGUACGACAACACCACGAUUCAGAUUGUCGCUCGGAGCACGCGCAGCAAAUCGCUAACCAGAGAAUAUUGACCAUUGAGACAUCGCAGUAUACUCCAGGAGCCGAAUCAACAUGUGCUUCAAUGCAGUCUAUCUACGCGAACCCAUUUCGCUCAGAAUUUGAUGUGGGAAAGAAAAUGUAUUAUCUCGUAUCCAUGAACAAAAGUCGACAAUCGACCGGAGGUGAGAAUGCCGUUUGUUCCAAACUGACUGGAAUAUACACACAAGGAAUACGCUCGAGUUCCAGUAGACAAACGCAUUCGGGUGGAGAAAAUAGCCUACAGGAGACGAGCUCAGAAUUUAGCCAUGGUGCGCUCAAUCCCACAACAGAAGUCUGUACAGAUCCUGACUCGUUCAUGUCUCAACAAGCAAACAGUCCACCGGACGGACGCGUGUCAACGACUCAAAAUACUCCUUACUCUGAGACCCGAAUGUAGGAACAUUGAUCUUCCUUUGAAAUCGGGAAACCUACAAGAGGAACGAAGAUUAUGUAUGAUGCUUUGCACAAGGGUGUCACAUAAAUGCACUUCCAAUUUCUUCCAAUAAUCUUUGUUAAACAACAAUUACGUGGCUAAAGUAAUGUCUGCUGGAGUGAGCGAGACCACUCAUAGUAAUGCACGACAAGAG